AUGAUGAAGUCCUUGUUUAUGAUCCUUUUGGCCUUGUUCUGUGCCACCCAAACAAACGCCUUUGCACCUGCAUCCAGCCCUUUGAAUACCCGAGUUUUGAACACUGUGACAUCAUCACAGACAUCGCCAACUGUCCUGUUUGGAAAGAAGGAAGCAAGAGCCAAGGGAAACGACAGAAAGAACAAGACUGAACGCGUCAGAAAGACAAAAGAUGAUGUAAUAGAAAUUGAAGCCACUGUGGUGGAUUCCCUUCCAAAUGCCAUGUUCCGUUGCGCUAUUAUAGAUGCCCCAGAGACACAACCGCCAGUUUUGGCAACCAUCAGUGGAAAGAUCCGCAAGAACUUUGUGAAAAUUUUGGUGGGAGAUAAGGUUUUGGUUGAACUGAGUCCAUAUGACUUGACUAAGGGAAGAAUCACCUUCCGAUACCGUGGUUAG